CUCUCUCUCUCUUCUUCUUCCUCUUAUAACACGCACCCACACACACUCUCUCUUUUUAUUUAUCUAUCUGCCUAUCUGUUUCGAAAUGCUAUGUCGAUCUGCAUUGAACCAGAAAUCGGAGACCUCUGAGAUGAGUGGAGAUAAGGGUAUCAGGGCUUCAAAUGGUUGUUGCGAUAUGCGCCUCAAGUGCUGGUGCAGGUGGCACCCAACAUUCGAUCACUCCUUCCUCAUUUCCUCUGCCUUCUCCUUCUUCCUUAUUUCGUCUCUCCUCUUCGGAUCACUCGCUUUGGCCUUUGCAUGGCUUACCUUCUCUCCUUAUGAGAGGCCUCGCCUCUCUUCCUAUGGUUGCCAAGACGACAAUGAGGGAUCCUGGUCUAUUGGUGUUUAUUAUGGCGACAAUCCCUUCUCUUUGAAGCCCCUUGAAUUGAGGAAUGUGUGGAGUGAUAAGGGUUUGGCCUGGCCUGUGGCCAACCCUGUUAUGACAUGUGCUUUGGCGUCAGAUGCUGGUUAUCCUAGCAAUUUUGUUGCCGAUCCCUUCCUAUAUGUACAGGAUGAUAUUUUAUACAUGUUUUUUGAAACAAAGAACUCAGUCACUUUGAAAGGAGAGAUUGGUGUUGCAAGAAGUCUUGAUAACAGUGCAACUUGGGAGCACUUGGGAAUUGCGUUAGAUGAGGAGUGGCAUCUUUCAUUUCCAUAUGUUUUUAGCUACAAUGGCGAAAUCUACAUGUUGCCCGAAGGCAGUCAGAAAGGGGACCUCCGCCUCUACCGAGCUCUCAAAUUCCCUCUACAAUGGACUCUUGAGAAGGUGAUUCUAAAAAGGCCCAUGGUGGAUUCCUUUAUCAUUCAGCGCGAUAGGAGUUUCUGGCUGUUUGGUUCUGACAUCAGUGGGUUCAGCACCAAAAAGAAUGGGGAGCUUGAGAUUUGGUAUAGCAAAUCACUUCUUGGACCAUGGAAGUCUCACAAGGGAAACCCAAUCUACAACACUUUAUGUAGCAGGGGUGCUCGCAAUGCUGGCCGCCCCUUUAUUUAUGAGGGUCAACUCUAUCGUAUGGGCCAGGAUUGUGGCGAAACCUAUGGCCAUCGUGUUCGCCUCUUCAGAGUCGAGGUUCUUACUAAAGAGGCAUACAAAGAAGUUGAAGUCCCCUUUAGAAUUGAAGAGCCCCAAAAAGCAAGAAAUGCAUGGAAUGGAGCUCGUUACCACCACCUGGACAUCCAAAGGCUGCCUUCCGGCCAUUGGAUCGCAGUCAUGGAUGGUGAUCGAGUUUGGUCUGGGGAUACAACAAGGAGGUUGAUUUCGGGUUUGGCAUCUGCUGCCGUUGUGGUCAUAUUGCUUGUACUAACAGGCAUUUUGGUGGGUGCGAUCAAGUGUGUGCUGCCCCUGAGUUGGUGCCUCAGCCCUAGCAAGAAGACUUCUCACAUGGGCCCGAGACUGCUUAGGCUUUUCACUCGAUUGAAUCGAAGUGCAACCCUAAUUCGUGGUCGCGUGAAGCCCAAUACAUGCUCAGGCAUAUUGAUACUAUGCCUGCUCCUUCUUCUUGGCAUUGCAUGCAUGUGCAUGGCUGUGCGUUACCUCUAUGGUGGCAACGGGGCCGAGGAGGCAUAUAUGUUAAAUGGGGCAUACUCUCAGUUUACCAUGGUCACCAUGACCUAUGAGGCUCGAAUUUGGAACCUGAAAAUGUAUGUAAAGCACUACUCAAGGUGUGCGUCAGUGGGUGAGAUUGUGGUGGUUUGGAACAAGGGCCACCCACCCGACCCUAGUGAAUUUGACUCAGCUGUCCCAGUUAGGGUUCGGGUUGAGGAGAGAAACUCUCUCAACAACCGAUUCAAGCUUGACCCCCUCAUCAAAACAAGGGCUGUUCUUGAAUUGGAUGAUGAUAUAAUGAUGACUUGUGAUGAUAUAGAGAGAGGAUUUAGGGUUUGGCGUGAGCACCCUGAGAGGAUUGUAGGGUUCUAUCCUCGCCUUAUCGAUGGGAGCCCUCUGAAAUAUAGAGAUGAGAAGUAUGCGAGGAUGCGAAAAGGUUAUAAUAUGAUAUUGACUGGAGCUGCAUUUAUGGAUGGGAGGUUGACGUUUGAGAGGUAUUGGAGUGAGCGGGCAAGGAAGGGAAGAGAGGUGGUGGAUAAAUACUUCAAUUGUGAGGAUGUGUUGCUUAAUUUCUUAUUUGCGAAUGCAAGUUCAGGGCAACAAGUGGUUGAGUAUGUGAGGCCUGCAUGGGCCAUUGAUACAUCGAAGCUUUCAGGAGCAGCCAUUAGCAAGGACACUCGUGCUCACUACCGUAUCAGGACAGAUUGCUUGCUGAAGUUUUCAGAGAUGUAUGGGAGCUUGGUUAAUCAUAGAUGGAAUUUUGAUGGCCGGAAAGAUGGGUGGGAUGUAUAGGAAGAGAAGUGGUAUACGAUUAAGAAAGAAAAAGAAAGAGAAGUAGAGCAGGAGAAAUGGCUGGGAUUGUUUUAUUGAUUUCUUGUUCAUUGUAGAUUACGUUGGUCUAACCUGGUGAGGGAGUACGGAUUUUGAUAUUGGUUUUGGUGGUUUUUGGGAUCCAGGUCAGGCUGUUUGUAAGAAAAUGCAUGUUUUUAACUUCUUUUUCCCCCUAUCUUUUUUGAGGGCUUUCUGUUUAAAUUGGUUUUUUAUUUAUAUGGCUUGAUGUAUCUUUUCUUUUAGAAGCUCAGCUGAUGAAAUUGAGCCUUGUAGAUUAGCAAGCCAGGAUUGGCAAAGUUUGUGGUUAUUCAUAGGGGUUCUCCCAUUUCAAUUUUCUAAUCUAACUCUGGCGAUGUUCUUUGGAAGGGAACUGAGGUAACCAAUCUAUUCCAU